AGGCCCGCAGACACAGACGCGUUUCAGACCCUACCUCCCGGUGAAUGUAGCCUCCAUCCAGGCGUAAGAUAUGAGCUGUGCCUGGUAAAUGUUCCGGUACCGAGUGGAUGUUCUGGGGUCUACUUCUCUUGCUGUCGCUGACAGGCGGUACUUCGGUCGCUCCAAACAUGGCCUCCAUGACGGAGGGGCCGCUUCAACUUUAAUUCUUCGCCAAUUUGUCAGCGCUAAACCGUGUUUUUCUUCCCUGCGCUCCUCGGGAAUGUUCCCCCGGAACCUCGCAUCCGCAUGGCGAAGUGCUGAAGCAGAAGUUCUGCUGGGAUCUAACGGAUCGGUGUCAAUAUAAAGAGGAAAAACAGAAUACCAUCAAAUCAAAUGCCAUCUGAGGAUCAGCAGCUUCGGGACAGAGGGCCGGUCCCUCCCGUCACUCGGGCUGGACGUAGUGCUCAGCUGGCCAAAGCCGCCGCUACAAGCCCCGCCCCCGAGAGGCGGACUCGUGGGCGACCUCGGAAAGAUGGGGCCGGUGACCGCUCUGUGCCCCCCUCACCUCCUCCUCCACCACCACCUUCUGUUACUACUCCACCCUCCAAGUCAAGGAUGAAGGUGCGGAGUCGAGGCCGAGCCCCGGUAGGGGAUGAAGAGCUCAUGGACACAACGGAGAAGACCCCCCCCAAGAAGACAGAGGUGAAGGAGAAGACAACAGGAUGCCGUCGGUCCACCUCCAGGAGAAAAUCCAAUGCAAACCCUGAACCAGACACUGACCCCAGCCAGGACCAUCUCAGUCAAGACCCUGACCCGCCUCAUCCUGACCCCACAAUCUCAGAGUUCAGCCCAGAUCCAGCUUCUAUUGUUGAGGAAGAGGACAGAACCAGCCCUGCUCCUGCUGCCCCGCCCCCCGCCUCUGGCCCAGGACCAGCUUUCGGUCCUGGGGAAGGACCUCCAGUCAGUUCCCCGUCUCCAGACCUGGACCUGAGCCUAUUUGACAGCCCUAGACCUGCUCCUGAUCCUGUGAAUGAGGACUGCCACAACCACAGCCCCAUAGAGACGGUUACUGUGGAGGCAGAGGGGGGCAGGGCCAGUCACACAGAGCGGAGUCCCUGCCCCAGUCCUCCGGUCUCUCCCUGCCCCCGACUGGAGGAUGAGGACUCGCUAUCCCCUCUCUUCCAGCUGCUGGAGGACUCCCCCGGCCUGGGACCCACCAAAAAACGACUGAAGCGCUGUGCCUUCUGCUACGGCGGUGAGGAGCCCCCCCUGGGUCAGGGCCGCCUGCUGGUGUUCGGCCCGACGCCCGGUUACAUCCCGCUGCACAUCCUCAGCCGCCGCGCCUCCUCCGACCGGGACAGCGACUGCCACGCCCACUGCUACCGAGGAGACAUGGCCCCGCCCACGUGCAGCAGUCCAGAACAGUAUGGGGAGUCUUCCUCAGAGUUCGUGGAGCAGCUCGGACCCGUUGGCCUUCCACAUGACAUCAACGUCCUAUCACUGUUCGACCCCACAGGCCAGUGCUGUGCUCACCUGCAGUGUGCAGCCUGGUCAGAGGGGGUGUGUCUUGGCGAGGGCCAAUCGCUGCUCUACGUGGACAAAGCCAUCGACUCAGGAAGCACACAAGUGUGUGCGUUCUGCCGUCGGCUUGGAGCGUCGCUGCGUUGCCAGGAGACCAGCUGUGUGUCGUCACAGUGCGUCCUGUGUUCGAGUGGUGAUGUCAGCGGUCUGUUGAUGUGUUGUUGCUGUGGGAACUGUUACCAUGGCAGCUGCCUGGACCCGCCUCUGGCCCCCUCCCCCAUGUGUCGGGCCGGCUGGCAAUGUCCUCCGUGUCGAGUGUGUCAGAGCUGCAGGGUGCACGGGGAUGACGGGCCGAUGCUGGUGUGUGAGCGCUGUGAUAAGUCCUACCACACACACUGUCUCACGCCUCCUCCUCUGGAUGGAACUCUGGGGCCCGGCUGGAGAUGCAAGAACUGCAGAAUCUGUCGUCUCUGUGGUGUGAGGUCAUCAGGCCAGUGGGCCAAUCACCCGUUUCUCUGCGAGUCAUGUGACAUGGCCCUGCCCUGCCCGCUCUGCGACCUCGACACACCACAGGACCAUGUAAUCUGUUCCUGUUGUUACAGGUGUGUCCACACGGAGUGCAUCAUGCAGACUGGGGGGGGCAGGGCGCCAGCUGAAGACUACGUCUGCACCACCUGCAGGCCUCCAGAAGAUGUUCCCCUCCCUCCACCCCCAUGCAGUCCUCCAUCGUCCACUGAAGCACCACCUAUUACUGCCACUCAUAACCCAGUCCAGCUUCUAAGCUCAGAACCACCACAGAGUCCAGCACCAUCUCCCUCUAGACCUACAGAACCCCCACAGAGUCCAGCACCAUCUCCCUCUAGACCUACAGAACCACCACAGAGUCCAGCACCAUCUCCCUCUAGACCUACAGAACCACCACAGAGUCCAGCACCAUCUCCCUCUAGACCUACAGAACCCCCACAGAGUCCAGCACCAUCUCCCUCUAGACCUACAGAACCCCCACAGAGUCCAGCACCAUCUCCCUCUAGACCUACAGAACCACCACAGAGUCCAGCACCAUCUCCCUCUAGACCUACAGAACCCCCACAGAGUCCAGCACCAUCUCCCUCUAGACCUACAGAACCACCACAGAGUCCAGCACCAUCUCCUCUAGACCUACAGAACCCCACAGAACCUACAGAACCACCACAGAGUCCAGCACCAUCUCCCUCUAGACCUACAGAACCACCACAGAGUCCAGCACCAUCUCCCUCUAGACCUACAGAACCACCACAGAGUCCAGCACCAUCUCCCUCUAGACCUACAGAACCACCACAGAGUCCAGCACCAUCUCCCUCUAGAGCUACAGAACCACCACAGAGUCCAGCACCAUCUCCCUCUAGAGCUACAGAACCCCCACAGAGUCCAGCACCACCUCCCUCUAGACCUACAGAACCACCACAGAGUCCAGCACCACCUCCCUCUAGACCUACAGAACCCCCACAGAGUCCAGCACCAUCUCCCUCUAGACCUACAGAACCCCCACAGAGUCCAGCACCAUCUCCCUCUAGACCUACAGAACCCCCACAGAGUCCAGCACCACCUCCCUCUAGACCUACAGAACCCCCACAGAGUCCAGCACCAUCUCCCUCUAGACCUACAGAACCCCCACAGAGUCCAGCACCAUCUCCCUCUAGACCUACAGAACCCCCACAGAGUCCAGCACCAUCUCCCUCUAGACCUACAGAACCCCCACAGAGUCCAGCACCAUCUCCCUCUAGACCUACUGAGCUCCAGGGAAGUCCUUCACUAUCUCACCGUGAUCCUACAGAGCUCCUAGAUUGCCACAAUCUGUCUCAAGUUAAUUCAGCAGCGCUUCAACAAAGACCUACUCUGAAUUCCACAGAGGAUCCGCUCUUGGCCACAAACUGUCAGAGUCCAAUCCAGGGAAGUCCCAUAUUGUGUAGCCUUGCACAUCCUCUGUGCCAGGCAGGGCGUGGUCCGACCUGUGUUCAGCCAGGAGAGCCUCAGCAAAGUACUCCACAGAGCGGCCCCCCACAGGGCGGGAGAGCAUGUCGUCCUCCUGACAUGCUCAGCACCGAGCCUCAGCACGGCCCCCCACAGGGACGGCAUCGCCCUGUCCAGGUCGACACAUCGCCUGCAGAGAGUCCCAGACAUGAUGCUGAAUAUACACUGAACCAGGAGAGCCCAAGACCAACCCGCUUUUCUGGGCUGCAAUGUGGGCCUUCAUGGGCCAUUUCUCCACUGGACCGGGAGCUCUCGGCAGUCUGCUGUCGGGCUCCUCAGACCGGAAGAAGACCUGCCUCACUGAGGCCCCUUUCAGCUCCAUGUAGCCCAUUACCGACCUCACACACAGCCACGCAGUGUGCCAGGUCUCUGCCUGCUAGCCCAGUACACGCCAACUCCACAACGCCUUCCAAGCCUUUACAUCGUGGCCUUCUUCCUGUUCUGCUUGCUACACAGUCAAGAGUCACAACGACAUGCGCCCAAACCAGGAACACAGAGCUGAAGUCCUUGGAGAGUCCCAACCGUAAUGGCCAAGCAUUGGAAAGUAGUCCCGUCUCCGGUCCGUCCAUCACGCCCACACCAGAAAGCCGUGUCCAGAUGAGCCUAACGGUGUCACCGUGUGCUCAUGACGGCCCACCUCGCUGCACAGAAGCUAUUGAAGGUAGCGCCAGCCCCAUACCGUUCCAAAAUAGCUCGGCUAAUGCAAGCCCCAAACACACCAGUGGAACAGCUUCACGCCCCGUACGCUCUGAUCGGGCCUGGAGCGGCCCCGAGCCCAGCUCCUCCACACAACCAACUAGCCCCUUGACGUCACCUGUUUGGUCCUCAACACAAGCAGGUCGCCCCUCAGAAGUACUGGUUCCACCCAGCCAGCCCAUCUCGUGUCAGGAUGAGGAGAUGGCAUUAGAUGUCGACCACAACGGGGCUAACUUCUCUCCACAAUGUGGAGUUACUACGAGCCCUGCUGCGUCCAGGACGCUGAGCAACAGGCUCGCACAGACUCAGCCAAGCCGAGGCCCCUCACAUGUUCCCAGGACCUGCAGUCCUUCUGCUUCCUCUCCAGUCCGGACCAAGCCCAUGCCUACCAGCUGUAGGCCGUCUGAUUCUAGCCCAGCGAGGAGUUCCCACUCUGCUGGCAUUACUGAUGUCGAUGACAGCCACGCUCCCCAGAGGUCUAGUCCUCCUGGUCAAGCUGCUCCUCACAUACAGAGCACCUGUAGUCCGACUCCCUCAUUAGCUAGCACGCCAUCCAGCAGCCCUGCACAUGCUGCUGGAUCUUGUGUUGGCCCACCUCACGGUGCAGCUCAGGCAAGUCAAACGUACCGUAGCCCCACAGGAAGCCCCGUCCUGCCCGGCGCCCCGCUAAGCCCCUCUUGGACCAGCUCAAGUCUUAAUGUGGACAUUGUGGCCAGUUCCAUCAUACAAAUCUCUGUUCUUCCUGGAGGGGUUCAGCUUGAUUCUGGUCGUGUUGAACCUAAAGACACGAUUAGGCAGACGAGUCCUGCACCUGCCAGUUCCCUCCACGAAGACUCGUCUGCUGUUGGUUCCAACCAGGUUAGCCAGUCCCCAGUUAGUCCUCUCCCUACCCCCCACAGAUCUGCAGGUAAAAGUCCACAAAUCCCUUCCCCGGAAGGCCCCUCGUAUCCAAGACCAGACGCCCCUGUUGAUGCUACUUCUCCUCCAGCUAGUCCGAGCCAUGCGAGCACUGUUCAUUCAAGUCCCUCUCAGGAUCAUACGGCGAUGCCUAGCAUUAGCCACAUUAGUGGAACUGCCCAGGCUGUGCACAGUAGCCCAGUUGCACCAGAGGCUAGUCCCAGUUCUGGACCAGGUAGCCCUACGAGGUGUGAAGAUGCCACUGGUCCACAUUCAGUUAGUCCUGUUGUUGCUGAAACCAGCCCUAGUCCUACUAGGCCUGUCCUGCCUGAUGCUGGUCCUCGUCCUGAAGGCCACUUUGUUUCCAGCCCCCAGCGACACACAACCACGAGGGAGUCUUCAGUCCCUGUGGAUGUGAGCAUGGUGGAGGAGCAGGAAAAGACGAGUGAAGAGAAGGAGGCGAUGCCGGAGAAGCCUCACCAGACAACAAAGGAGAGUCCAGAGGGUGGAGGAGCACCAGACCAGGUGGAGGAGGAGGAUCAGCAGAGCAGCUCCGACUGCCCCCCUUCAGGAGUCCAGCUGGGAUCUUUUCUGAAUGAAGACCCUCAGUCAGCUCCUCCCACGCCUCCACUCACCACACCACAAUCGGCCUUACCACUCCAACAGCCCUCCUACUUCCCCCCAUCUUCACCUCCUGCCUCCCCCCUCCCCUCACCACAGCCUCCUCCUCCGAGAGCCGGCUCUCUGGAGGCCUCCCCUCACAGGACUGCCUUACUCCUCUCCCCCAAUAUCCUGCCUCCCCCUGUCCUUCCUCUGGAAGAGGAACCGAGCUCUCAAAGUACAGCCGUGAUGGGGGGGGCGGGGCUAGAGGACAAACCGCUUUUCUGUCAUGUGUUAUCAGCGGAUGAUGACAGCCAAUCACAGAGUCGGUUUGAACUCACCAAAGAUAAGCACCAAUCACAUUCUGAGCCUUUAGGGAGGGAGGAGGAGGAGCCAAUAGCUACAGACGUGGCCACUUCCGAGGUGGUUGCUGGGCAACAGCCAAUGAGGGAGAUGCGGGAUGCCGAGGAGGAGGAACAAGGAAAGGAUGCGAGGGCCGAGCAGGAGGAACAAUCUGAAGUGGAGGAGGAGCCGGUUAGCCCUAUGCUGGAGCUGGACUUGGACAUUGAGGUGAUGGCUUUGAUGUCCUCCUCAUCUCCUCCCCCCUCCCUCCUGCAUCUCUCCUCCCCUAGCCCACCUGCCUUCUCCCGGCGAGGGCCUCCUGCCUGCUCGUCCAGGCCUUCGGACGACCUCUCCAUCCGUCUCAGGCAGUCUCCCUUCUCCGCCGAGGCCUCUCCCGCCAGGUCUCUGGUAACCCCGCCUUCUCUGUCCUCGACUCCUCUCCUGUCCUCUCCACCGGCCAGGGAGUCGUCUCCUCUUUCCAAGGCUCCUCCCAUCACGGUGCUCCCCCUGAUACCUAAGAUUGGAAUGGGAAAACCAGCCAUCUCCAAGAGGAAGUUCUCCCCUGGCAGAGCCCGGCUCAAACAAUGUCCAUGGUGGAGUAGUCGCAGGCCGGUCAGCCCCCCCUCGGCCUCCCAGGACUCCAUGGGAGAAGCUGUGUGGGACAGCCCCAAGCCCCGCCCCCCUUCCCCCCCCCUCUGGAGCAUGAAAGUGGGUCGUGGUUCAGGGUUUCCGGGGAGGAGGCGGUCCAGGGGAGGAGGUCUUGGAGGAGGAAGAGGAGGAAGAGGAAGGAGCCGGCUGAAGACUCAGGACUGUCUGACUGUGUCACCUGGAUGUGUGUAUGUGGAGCCGGUGCAGCCUAAGGAGGAAGAGGAGAACUCGAUGCACAACACGGUGGUGAUGUUCUCCGUCUCGGACCACUUCACCCUCCGACAGGACAUGUGUGUGGUGUGUGGGAGCUUCGGUCGAGGCGCUGAAGGUCGACUGUUGGCCUGUUCUCAGUGUGGACAGUGCUACCACCCCUACUGCGUCAACGUCAAGGUCAGUGCUGUUAGUCAAGGUCAGUGGUGCUCCUCAAGGUGUGUGUGUUGUGGCCAGUGUGGCUCCGCCUCCCCCGGGCUGCACUGUGAUUGGCAGAAUAACUACAGCCGCUGUGGCCCGUGCGCCUCGUUGAGCCGCUGUCCUCUGUGUCAGAGACGCUACACACAGGACGACCUGACCUCUUGUGUGUGUGUUUCAGGGAGGUCAGAGGUCAGGUCCCCCUACAUGGCUCCGAUCAUCUCCAGGAUCAGAGAACCGGGUCAGUGGGUCUUCCAACAUGAGCCUGCAGCUGAAGGAUGUGUGUGUGUGUGUGUAGAUGUGAAGACAUACACUCAGGACGGAGUGUUCCUGACCGAGUCGGGUCUCUCACACCUGCAGUCGCUGGUGGAACCUCUGACGACACCGCGCGGUUACCGCAGGUGUAAGCCCAAACUGAAGCUGAAGAUCAUCAACCAGAACAGUGUGUCUGUGCUGCAGACGCCCCCUGAGCCCGACCCCCCCGCCUGCAGAGGUGACCUGGAAUUUGAGAUGAAAUCUGACUCCAGCCCUGAGCGAGACCACGCCCGCGAUGAGCGAGACCACGCCCACGAUGAGCGAGACCACGCCCACGAUGAUGUCACCAAGGAGUUCACCGACGGCAACAAGAAGAGGAAGAGGAAACCCUACAGGCCAGGUAUCGGAGGCUUCAUGGUGCGUCAGCGUGGAGGAAAAGCCGGUCAGAGCAGAAUCAAACUGUACAGGACCAAUUCGACAGAGAGGCUGCUGGGAGACGAAGACGUUUCCAUGGAGACGGUGUUACCUGCCGAGCAGACAAUUGAGAAGGUGAAGAAGAGAUACAGGAAGAAGAAGACGAAGCUGGAGGAGGCCUUCCCCUCAUAUCUCCAGGAGGCAUUCUUUGGUCGCAUUCUUCUGGACGGGAGCCGACAGGCAGACAGGAGCCAGGGGGCGGAGACACCAGGUGCCAUCCAAUCGGGAGCAGCGAGGGGGGACAUUAAAAGUCCUGCCCCUGGAUUACGUGGCCCCUCCCCCUCAGACCUGCCACUUGACGCCAUGACAACCCAGGCUAUCAAGAUGCAGGGAAUGCUGCCCAUGUCGGAGGAAGCUCUGCUGGAUCUGUCUGAUGUUCUCAACACUGAUCCUCACAUGCUGGCCACAGGACACACAGCUGUAACUUCUUCAUGCCGUCUCUUCCCGAUGGAGCUCUCCCUCUCUUUGUUCGCCGGUCUGGACAUCGGCUCCUUGGCAGAUGACCGGACAGGAAGUGGUGGCGUGAGGGCGGAGCCUCUGGACGCCAUCUUAAGUCCAGAGCUGGACAAGAUGGUGACUGACGGAGCCAUCCUCAACAAACUGUACAAGAUCCCAGAGCUGAUGGGGAAGGAUGUAGAGGAGGUGUUCACUGCUGUUCUCAGUCCAAACAACCAAUCACCCGAGCCGAGCCACCUCUCUGCUGCUGGGACCCAGACGCAGCUCACAGCGUUGUUUCCUCGUCUGCCGCUGAUGAACGGCCUUAUGGGAGCUGCUCCUCAUUUUCCUAAAAUGAUAUCCAGCGGCGCCCAGAGUCCAGCGAGCUUUCGGGUACCACCUCCUGAGAGCCCCUCCCCUGGGUCGGCCUCAACCAAUCGGGUGUCGGCAGGAGAGGGCGAGCAGGAGGUGAUGUCCACGGCUCAGAGGGGCAUGUUGAAGUGGGAGAAGGAGGAGCCACUGGGAGAAAUGGCCACCGUCGCCCCGGUGCUGUACUGCAAUACCACGUUCCCCCAGCUGAGGGAGCAGCAUCCUGACUGGUCCACCAGAGUGAAGCAGAUCUCCAAGCUGUGGAGGAAGGCCAGCUCUCAGGACCGAGCUCCCUUCGUGCUAAAGGCUCGUGAUAACCGGGCGACUCAGCGCAUCAACAAGGUGUCCAACGAGCCCCUCAAGCGGCCCCCGCCCUCUCAGCACCCACAGCACCCGCCCACUCAGCACCCACAGCACCCGCCCACUCAGCACCCACAGCACCCGCCCACUCAGCACCCUCAGCACCCACAGCACCCUCAGCACCCUCAGCACCCGCCCUCUCAGCACCCGCCCUCUCAGCACCCUCAGCACCCUCAGCACCCGCCCUCUCAGCACCCUCAGCACCCUCAGCACCCUCAGCACCCGCCCUCUCAGCACCCUCAGCACCCACAGCACCCUCAGCACCCACAGCACCCGCCCACUCAGCACCCUCAGCACCCGCCCUCUCAGCACCCACAGCACCCGCCCACUCAGCACCCUCCCACUCAGCACCCUCAGCACCCGCCCUCUCAGCACCCGCCCUCUCAGCACCCACAGCACCCGCCCUCUCAGCACCCACAGCACCCGCCCACUCAGCACCCUCCCACUCAGCACCCUCAGCACCCGCCCUCUCAGCACCCGCCCUCUCAGCACCCACAGCACCCGCCCUCUCAGCACCCACAGCACCCGCCCACUCAGCACCCACAGCACCCGCCCUCUCAGCACCCACAGCACCCGCCCUCUCAGCACCCUCAGCACCCGCCCUCUCAGCACCCGCCCUCUCAGCACCCACAGCACCCGCCCUCUCAGCACCCACAGCACCCACAGCACCCGCCCUCUCAGCACCCACAGCACCCGCCCACUCAGCACCCUCCCACUCAGCACCCGCCCUCUCAGCACCCACAGCACCCGCCCUCUCAGCACCCUCAGCACCCGCCCUCUCAGCACCCGCCCACUCAGCACCCACAGCACCCGCUACCCUUGCUGCUGGGACCUUCUGACCCUGUUUCCAUGGAGACGGAGGCGUUCAGGGACCCGUCGAGGCCCAAAGAGUCCGAACAGGAGCAGGAGUGGAAGUUCCGCCAGCUAAUGCGUCAGAAGAGCAGGCAGCUGGCGAAGAUGGAGGCCAGUCAGAAGCUGGAGCAGGUGAAGUGCGAGCACCUCCUCCAGCAGAGGAGGUCUCCUGACAGCCCCGACACCUCCAGACAGCACCUCCUCCAGCAGAGGAGGUCACCUGACAGCCCCGACACCUCCAGACAGCACCUCCUCCAGCAGAGGAGGUCUCCUGACAGCCCCGACACCUCCAGACAGCACCUCCUCCAGCAGAGGAGGUCUCCUGACAGCCCCGACACCUCCAGACAGCACCUCCUCCAGCAGAGGAGGUCUCCUGACAGCCCCGACACCUCCAGACAGCACCUCCUCCUGCAGAGCUCGGGACUAGCUGACGACGUCUUCCUCAGACCGCAAGCCCCUCCCCCCUCCGGUUUCUCCUCGCUCCCUCAUUCCCCCCUGGCCUCCUCUCCCCUCCACCAGCCCCCCUCCUCCCCCCAGAUGUUCUCCCCGCCUUCCUCCCGUCCCUCCUCACCCUGGGAACCUUACAUUAAGAUAGCAGGGCCUCCUCGCCCCCCCUCCGCAGCCCCCCAGCAGCAGCGUCACACCUCCCUCAGCUCCUCCCUCAGCUCCUCCCCAGCUCACGAUGCCUUUGGUUCUCCUGCUCCCUCCCCCGACUCCAAAACCGCCGACGUCUGCAGGACUCUCGGACCCCAACAAGGACUGCAGCAGAACAGGGCAGGUAUGCUGAGCCCCCCCUCUGGCUCCGCCCCCGACCCCUCCUCCCGGCUCAUGGGUACCCGAGCAGCGGACUCGUACCCGCGGCCUGCGGUGCAGGGCGGCUUGUUCAAAGCCCCCAUGCCUCCUCAGCACCAGCUGGAGGUCUUUGGUACCCCAGGAGGAUCCGGAAGGAGGGACCUGGACUCGCUGUUCCCCCCCAGCCCGUUGUCUGGGCGGGGCUCCCCCCAUGGCCAGACGCUAGGCACCCCCAGAGUUGACUACGGCCAGCAAAUGACUGACCACUUCACCCAGCACUCACCUUUGACCUCCAGGCCCUCGCCUGACCCCUACAACAACCUUCAGACUCCUGGUACGCCACACCCUCUUUGUGACCCCUCAUACCUCAGCCCCCCGCCGGGGCCGGACCAGUACAACCAGCAGUCUACCGGCAGGCGUCCGUCCCCUUCCCACCCGACCCUCGACCCUUACGCGUCGACCCUUACGCCCCGCCCCCCGGUCCCCGACGCCUACGCCGCCGCUCCACCGCGACCCUCGACACCACGGCCACAGAAGGCCCCGGGGCCCUUCAGCCAGGCCCCGAUGGAGGUCUUCCCCCCUCGCCUAGCUGGAUCCGGACCACCCCCUUUGGGCCCAGGCCUGUCUGUAGAGACGGUGACCUUCACCCCAACACACCACCAGUCUCCAGCUAGACAACAGCAGCAGCAAGACUUAUUUCCCACAACCCCCUGCAGCCGGGCCCUGAAGCACCCUGGGACAUCGGGCCACGCCCCCUGCAGCCGGGCCCUGAAGCACCCUGGGACAUCGGGCCACGCCCCCUUUGAGCAGAGACACAUGACAGCAGGACCGUCUCAGACGGAAGAGACAACCAAUGAAAUGUCAGUUGUGGGUGUGGCUCCUUCAGAUGGACCAAUGAGCAUGCUGCCUCAGCUGGGGGACUCGGAGGAGAAGCUGAGACAGCGCCAGCGUCUCCGGCAGCUCAUCCUGAGGCAGCAGCAGCAGAGAGGUCUCCAGGAGUCGGAUCCUUCUGGACCCCAUGCUGCUGGACCUGGUCUUGCCCCCCCACCACACUGGGCCCAGCCAGACCCCUUGACUGCUCCUCCUAUCGGCCCGUUUGGACGUCCCCCACCCCCUUACCCCGGCACGGUGAGGCCUUGUGGUGCAGCGGGGGAGCAGCAGAGGGGCUUUCCCUCCAGAGAGCUGCCCGUCCUGAGGUCUGGUGUCCCUCCAGGAGCUCCGGAAGGUCUCCGGGACUCCUUCUCACGGCCCCCCCAGGGAACGGGGCCUGGACCUGGAGUCCCCUUCCAGAUGAGGAGGCCUGUGGAGUUCACCGGCCUCCGCCCCCCCCCCCACAUGAUGUCUGGUGUGCCCCAGCCCUUCCUCCCCCCCCCCCUCCAGCAGCACAGCAUCAUGGGCCAGCCCUACAUCGAGCUCCGGCACCGGGCCCCCGAGCCCCGCCCGAGCCUGUCCUUCUCUCUGCCCGAGACCCCGCUGCUGUCCCCCAGCGACCCCCGGCCUCUCGUCAGGCCCGGUCCGAAGGCCCGGCCGGGUGAGCCGGCGCCGGCUCUGGAUCAGCUGAACCAGCGGCACCUGGGCCACGGGGAGUCCUCGCUCCCAGAGGAGCGCCUGGAGGACGCUGCCGUGAAGGACCUGGAAGACGUGGAGGUGAAGGAUCUGGUGGACCUGAACCUGGACCCUGAAGAUGGUAAAGAGGACCUGGAUCUGGGUCCUCAUGACCUCCACCUCGACGACUUCCUGCUGUCGGGGAAGUUUGACCUGAUCGCCUACGCCGACCCCGAGCUCAACCUGGAGGACAAGAAGGACAUGUUCAACGAGGAGCUGGACCUGGGGGAACCGCUGGGGGGUCUGAUGGGCCAAGUCAAACAGGAAGUUCAGGAGGGCACCAGCACCUCUCAUCCUGGGGGGGUCCCCACCACCACCCCUCAUCCUGGGGGGGUCCCCACCACCAGAGCUCCUGGACCAGGUCCAGGAGCUCCAAUGUCUACGGCUGCAUGCUCCAGUCAGACCCAAGAACAGGCUCCGUCAUCGGGCAUGGCCUCCAGGGUUCACACCCCCAUGGCUGGAGGUCCACAGCCGGUCCUCCAGCAGCAGCAGAGUCCGUUUGGACCCCCCCCCCACCCGAGGCUCCCAGGUCCUCCUCAGGGCCCUCCUGCCCUGCCUCACCCCUCCCAACCUGGCCUCCUCCUCAACCCUCAGACCCAGGCCCUGCUCCUCCAGGACCAGCACAGGCCUCUGCUCCUGGGGGAGCAGCCGCUACUCCUGCAAGAACUCCUGGACCAGGAACGCCAGGAGCAGCAGGCCCUCAUCAGACAGAGGUCUACCACAGGGGUACCUGAUCUAGACUUUGACCCCAUCAUGAAGGCCAAGAUGGUGGCUCUGAAGGGCAUCAACAAGGUCAUGACCCAGGGCAGCCUGGGACUCAACCCCAUCAGCAUCAACAGGUUCCAGCAGGCCCCGGGUCCAGAGGGGCCUCCUCAGCCUCCUCACCUGGCGGCUCAGGAUGGGAGGCUGACCCCUCAGCUGGUGAGACCCCCCCCGCCCAGCUUCAGCCCGAGCUUCAGCCACCCGUCUCAGCACCGUCAGUCUGAGGAGUGGCUGGGGGAGACACAGCAGCUCCUGCAGAUGCAGCUGCGCCUCCUGGAGGAGCAGCUCGCAGCUCACCGCAAGACCAAGAAGUCCCUGUCGGCCAAACAGAGAACGGCCAAGAAGGCCGGCCGCGCCCUCGCCGAGGAGGACGCCGCCCACUUCAGCGCUGUCACGGAGCAGCAGCAGGAGGCGCAGAGGCAGCUGGACCAGAUCCGGACGCAGCAGAAGGAGCACGCCGAGCUGAUGGAGUCCCGGACCAGACGGCAGCAGCAGAGGGCUGCGGGACGGCCCCCCCCCCCCCAGCCCAGGGUGUCCAUGCAGCCCCACCUGGGCACAGUGGCCCCUGGUUGGAGCCCAGGGGUCGUGACCCCCGGGUCGAUGGGUCAGAGGAUGCCCUCCGUCCUGCCUCCAGCUCUCCAGACCCCCCCAGCAGUCUGCAGUGGGGGCCCCGCCGCAGCCCCCCCUCAGGUGGAGCGUCGUGGCUCUUUGCAGCAGAGACAGGAGCUGCAGCAGCAACGCCUCCUGGGAGCCUCCGUGGGUCCUGGAUCCGGUCCUGGAUCCGGUCCUGGAUCUGGUCCUGGAUCCGGUCCUGGUCCUGGAUCUGGAAGAACAGCCAUUCUCCCCUCUGGAGGCUCUGGGGGGCCCUUCUUCAGCUCUGAGCUGCCCCAGGACUUCCUCCAGUCGCCCCCAGCAGCGACUCCGCCCCCCCGGCACCAGGGCCUCUACCAGGGCUUCACAGGCGGACCCCUGGCCCCUGGAGCACACCCGCCCCCAGGUCUACUGCCCAGGGCCGCAGCCGAGCGGGGCGGGGCCCUGCCUGAGCACGGGCCCCCAACGGACCCCCAUCCCGGCUCCAGGAUCUCAGGCCCCACCGGCUCCUCGGCCCAGGAGCAGGUCUGGCCCACGGGCCCCUCUUUGCAUCCUGGAGGCCGGGCUCCUCGACACGACUCCCCCUCUCUCCCCCCCACCUCCCUUAUCCAGCUCUCCUCGGACAUCAUCCCUGACGACAAACCGAAGAGGAAGAGGAGCGGGGACGGAGAGGACGCAGCUGGCGGAGGAGGAGCCAGGACGCCGCUCUCUUCGUACUCUGAGGACGCCACAGCUCCGCCCACUCCGGCCGUGUCAGACACUUCCUGCUCCACGCCCACCCGGUGCGGCGCGGACCAAUCAGAACUGUGUUCCCCUCUCAACUCCUCCCAGUCCAGCCUGGCUCCGUCCUCUGAGCUGGAGAAGCAGCUGUCGGCCCAGCCGAGAGGCUCCGCCCUGGGGGGGGGCGGAGCCAGAGGGCCCCCGUCUGCAGCCGGCCCCGAGUUCAAGGUCAGUCGGUCCCGAGCGCCGAGGUCUGUGGACGUAUCGGGUCCACUGAGCUCAGGUCGGGGAGGAGCAUGCUGGGGGGGGGAGGAGCUCCUCAGACACCUGCUGAAGGACAUGCCCCCCGCCAGCCGGCUGUCCAAUGAGAGCGUCCGGUCUGAAGAGGACAGGACUGGCUCCCAUGGCAACGUGGUCAGGAUGGACAGUCCAGAUCUCCUGGAUUCGUCUGGCAGGAAGAAGACUCGGCGCUGGAAGAGACUCGCUCAAGAGAAAGAUGGAGCUUCUUCCAAAAACAAGAGGAGGAAGAAAGAUGAGGAGGAGGAGAUGCUCCGCGCCUCCUCUGGCCUCGGACAGCUGUCGGUGCUUCCCCUGAUGGAGCCGCUUCUGGGGGUCGAUCUGAGUCUGUUCCCGCCGCACGGCAGCUCCUCUCUGGGCCCCGACUCCAGACUGACCGGCUCCUUCGGCAACGGCUGCUUGGACGGAGUAACGGACUACUACUCCCAGCUCAUAUACAAGCAGAAUAACCUCAGUAACCCCCCCACACCGCCAGCCUCCCUGCCCCCCACCCCCCCGCCUGUCACCAGGCAGAAACUGGUGAACGGAUUUUCUCCGACGGAGGAGCUGGAGAGGAAGGAGAUCACUAAGCAGGAGGUGAAAGGUGUGAAGCAGAAAGGGGAGGGGCUUCUGUCUCUAAGCCACACCUCCAAGACAGUAGACAUCCCCGCCUCCCUGCCAACCCCGCCCCAUAACAACCAGGAAGAGCUCAGCUGUGUUGUCUCUGCAGUGAAACAGGAAGUGAAGGCGGAGCCUAACCAGCAGGGUCACCCGUCAUGCUCUAACAUGGUGACCAUAGCCAUCACCCUGAACCCUGUUGCUGCUCAGAACGUAGCCGAUGUGAUGGCGGUGGUAGCCGAGCUGCUGCGGGUCCCCGUGCCCCCCGACUACCAGCUGAGCUCUGUGGCCCUCACACAGGGUUCAACAGGAAGUGCUCAGCAGAGACCUCAGGCUGCUGGAAACGCUGCUGUCAGAAUGGACUACAUCCAACAUGGCGGCGCUUCUGCUGCCAGGCCUCAGUGCUGCAGCUUUUGCAAGGUGCUGCUGGGAAACGGAGUCCGAAUCGUCACGGAGCUCAAACAGGAGGGUCAGUCCAGAUCCAGCGUGCUGUUCUGUAGUCCAAACUGCUCGUCUCUCUUCACAUGUGACCAGAGCAGUAAAUCUGGGAAGCCGGUGAGACGUGCUGCCGUCCCCGUCUCGCUGUCCGGCUCUGAGCGGCAGCACCAGUACAGCAGCAACAUGUCCUCCAUAGCCGUCCACUCCCUCCUCCACACUCCCUCCUCCCCUCCCCCAACCUCCUCCCCACCACUCUCCUUCCCCCCCGCCUCCGCCAUCACCAUGGAGACCAGGCCCCUCAUGGACGGCCUCAAGGUGAAGGUGAAGCUAAAGCCCCGCCCCCGGGCAGUCCCAGGUGGAGAACACUCACUGUUGUCUCGCCGUGGGAAGAGGAUAAAGAGUAACCGCUGGAGACGCUGGAGUUUUAGCAUCACGCUGAGCAGGGGUAGUUGCGUUCUUAAAGAUGCGGUUGCCAUGCCAACGGAGGAGGAAGUAGACGUGUUAUUGGAUAAGCUGGGGGCGGGUCUUCGUCCCGAUCCGUUGCCCAAAGACCAACGCAGGUGCUGCUUCUGUAGCCAGCCGGGCGACGGGCAGACGGACGGACCGGCCAGACUGCUGAACCUGGACCUGGACCUGUGGGUGCACCUGAACUGCGACAAGACGAUGCUGUGCCCGCUCCAUAAGUCCCGCUCGCCGACCUCUGACCAGGUGCCGGCGGCCCGUGACCCGUACGACUGCGAGCUGCGCUGCUUCUCCGUGUUCCGCCGUGUGUUCGUGCAGCGGGACGAGGCGCGGCAGCUCGCCGCCGUGGUGCAGCGCGGCGAGCGGCGCUGCACCUUCCGGGUCGGCAGUCUGCUGUUCCACGCCAUCGGCAGGCUCCUCCCACAACAGAUGAAGGCCUUCCACAACCAGGCUGCCAUCUUCCCCAUCGGUUACCAUACCAACCGCAUCUACUGGAGCAUGCGGCACAGCAACAGGCGCUGUAAGUAUGUGUGCUGCGUUGAGGAAGACGAGGGGACGCCACUGUUCAAGGUGAAGGUGGUGGAGAAGGGGUACGAUGACCUCAUCCUGACCGGGCCCACACCCAAAGCGGUGUGGGACCAGAUCCUGGAGCCGCUCUCUGGGAUGAGGGCCUCCAGCGGGGCCCUCAAGCUGUUCCCCGCCUACCUGAAGGGAGAAGACCUGUUUGGACUGACCACGUCUGCAGUGACCAGGAUCAUCGAGUCUCUGCCAGGUGUGGAGACCUGUGAGCGUUACACGUUCCGCUAUGGAAGGAACCCUCUCAUGGAGGGGCCUCUGGCCUUCAACCCCUCUGGCUCGGCCCGGUCCGAACCCAAAGCCUCCCAGACCAAGAGGCCCACCCUGCUGAGCAGCAGCGCCCCCCGGUGCCAGGGCUCCGUGGGCUCCGUGGUGGGCCUGGUGCCCGGCGUGCUGUCCCUGUCUCCGGGGGAGGGGGCGGCGCACCAGGGGCGCCACUCCAAGGCGGCGCAGUACCGCCGCAUGACGGCAGGCUGGAGGACCAGCGUGUACCUGGCACGCUCCCGCAUCCAGGGGCUCGGUCUCUAUGCUGCCAGAGAUAUCGAGAAGUGCACCAUGGUCAUCGAGUACAUCGGCACCAUCAUCAGGAGUGAAGUAGCCAAUCGCAAGGAGAGGCUGUACGAGUCACAGAACCGGGGUGUGUACAUGUUCCGGAUUGACAACGACUUUGUGAUUGACGCCACCAUCACUGGAGGACCAGCCAGGUGAGACCAGUUCAGACUGGUUUAGUCUCCAUUGUUCACGGUGCUUCAUGUGAAGAUCAAUAGUAUUGAUUUAUAUAUUGGCCUUCAAUUCAGUUUAUUUGUAUAGCCCAAUUUCACAAAUUACAAAUGUGUCUCGGAGUGCUUUACAAUCUGUACACAUAGACAUCCCUGCCCUUUGACCUUUGACCUCACAUGGGAUCAGGAACAACUCCCAAAUAACCCUUCACGGGGAAAGGUCAGAACCCUUGAGGAGAGAACAGAGGAGGAUCCCUCUCCAGGAUGGACAGAACAAUAGAUGUCAUGUGACCAGAAGGACAGAUUAGAGUUAAAAUACAUUCAAUGAAUGUGACAGAGUGGAUGAAUAGUUCAUAGUAGGCAUAUUCCACGAUGGAGACCUCCACCAUCCAUCAGAUGGAGGUAGAGAGGAGUGGGCGGAGUCUCAACAGUGGGCGGAGUCUCAACAGGACAGUGGCGUAGUCAGGAGCAGGAAUUCCACGACCCAGACCUCGAUGAUCCAUCAGGCAGAUAGGAUCUAUGCCGUCUCAUAGGGUCGAUGACACUCAGUGUAUCCUAAGCGUCCAUAAGGAGAGAGGAGAGAGGAGCUCAGUGUAUCCUAAGCGUCCAUAAGGAGAGAGGAGAGAGGAGCUCAGUGUAUACUAAGCG